AUGAAAACAAUGGCAACAAGAAAAAGGUGUAAACUUUCCAGAACAGGCCCAGAUUUUGAAAAUGUGAUAAAGAGGUUAUUGUGCGUCCGAACUUUUCACACAAGAAUUGGAGGAGAUUUAACACCAGGAAUAAUAAACUGAGGAAAACCAGCUAAUGCAGAGCAGAUGGGCCUGCAGGGCAGUGCUAAGCAUUUCAAUGUCUUUCCUUGGACCUUUGGACUCCAGAUGACUGACUGAGUGCUGGUUUCUCUAGCUCCAAAUAAAGUUAAUGCAAUUGGGGAAACCAUCAGUAUGGCUGGUUUGAUUUCUGGAGUGAUUAGUGGAUUAAAGUUUUCGAGACUGUACUAUGUGGUGGGCAUUUGA